AUGGCGCCGACGCACAUCGCCAUUCCGCCUCGGGAACCUGGCGCUACAGCAACUCUGGGCGCACCCAAGAGUGCGCACAUGGCUACAACUACUCUUCGCGUGCAAGGCAUGACUUGCGGAGCAUGCACGUCGGCAGUUGAGGCGGGCUUCAAAGGUGUUGCUGGUGUCGGCAGCGUCUCUGUCAGUCUGGUCAUGGAGCGUGCUGUUGUCAUGCAUGAUCCUCGAAUAAUUUCUGCCGACCAAGUUCGCGAGAUCAUCGAAGACAGAGGCUUUGAUGCUGAGCUUUUGUCUACAGAUCUUCAAAGUCCUGUAGCCGUCCGCUUCCCUGAGAAGAAGGGCGAUGAAAACGACACCACUUUCGUCACCACUACAGUCGCCAUACACGGAAUGACUUGCGGCGCCUGUACGUCUGCGGUGGAGGGCGGCUUCAAAGACGUCCCCGGCGUCAAAACCUUUAGCAUAUCGUUGCUGUCCGAACGAGCAGUCAUCGAGCACGACGCCGCUCUCUUAACCGCCGAACGAAUCGCAGAAAUCAUCGAGGACCGCGGCUUCGGGUCAGAGGUUCUGGACACGGCGAAACCAACACAAGAGGCCGGUGGUGAUUCGCACAGUGGCAUUGCGACUACAACGGUGGCCAUUGAAGGUAUGACGUGUGGCGCAUGCACCGCCGCCGUUGAAGGCGGGUUUCAAGGCGUUGAGGGCGUUUUGAAAUUCAACAUCAGUCUACUGGCCGAACGUGCCGUCAUCACCCACGAUGUGUCCAAAAUUUCGCCCGAGCAGAUUGCAGAGACAAUUGAAGACCGUGGGUUUGAUGCUACGGUUCUCUCGACCCAGUUCGAAUCCGGCAGUCUUGGACCUCUGGCGUCGACGGCUCAAUUCAAGAUGUUUGGCCACCUUGAUGCCGCCACCGCACAGGCGCUAGAGGCCAAACUCGGGUCCGUCCCUGGCAUACGCUCGGUCUCGGUGAGCCUGUCGACCCAGAGACUCACCGUUACGCAUCAGCCGGGCAUUAUUGGCCUUCGGGGCAUUGUCGAGGCCGUGGAGCGACAAGGCUUGAAUGCGUUGGUCGCUGAUAGUCAGGACAACAAUGCGCAGCUCGAGUCUUUAGCCAAGACGCGAGAGAUCACCGAGUGGCGGACAGCAUUCAGAACGUCCUUGACUUUUGCGAUUCCAGUCUUCAUUGUCGGCAUGGUUCUGCCCAUGGCGCUGCCGUCUCUCGACUUUGGCAAGAUUUUGUUGCUACCCGGUCUUUAUCUUGGAGAUGUCGUCUGUCUCGUUCUUACGAUACCCGUCCAAUUCGGUAUUGGCAAACGAUUUUACGUGUCAGCAUACAAGUCAGUCAAGCACGGCUCCCCAACCAUGGAUGUUCUCGUCAUCCUGGGCACUUCCUGUGCCUUCUUUUUCAGCGUCUUUGCGAUGCUCGUAUCCGUGCUGCUGUCCCCUCACACGAGGCCCAGCACGAUUUUUGACACCAGCACGAUGCUGAUUACUUUUAUCACCUUUGGCCGAUUCCUCGAGAACCAGGCAAAGGGACAAACGUCCAAGGCGUUGUCUCGUCUCAUGUCUCUGACGCCCUCCAUGGCCACAAUCUACGCAGAUCCCAUUGCCGCUGAGAAGGCGGUGGAGGCCUGGGCUAAAUCUGCAGAGGAUGUCAAGACUCCCAAGACGCCUCAGCAGGUACCGGAUCUCGGCGGCCCUUCUGCCUACGAGGAAAAGUCGAUCCCCACAGAGCUGCUCCAGGUCGGCGAUAUUGUCAUCAUUCGGCCCGGUGAUAAGAUCCCGGCCGAUGGUUCGCUGGUCCGCGGCGAAACCUAUGUCGACGAGAGCAUGGUAACGGGAGAAGCAAUGUCGGUUCAGAAGCGCCUCGGAGCCAACUUGAUUGGGGGGACGGUCAACGGCAACGGCCGCUUCGACUUCCGAGUCACGCGCGCCGGGCGCGACACGCAGCUGAGCCAAAUUGUGAAGCUUGUGCAGGAUGCGCAGACCACGCGAGCGCCGAUCCAGCAGCUCGCCGAUACCUUGGCCGGUUACUUCGUGCCGACCAUCCUCGUUCUUGGGCUCCUCACCUUUAUGGCGUGGAUGGUUCUGAGCCAUGUGCUGCCGAGUCCACCAAAGAUCUUCUUACAAGACGCCAGUGGCGGCAAGAUCAUGGUGUGCGUGAAGCUGUGCAUCUCGGUCAUCGUCUUUGCUUGCCCUUGCGCCCUUGGUCUCGCCACGCCCACCGCCGUCAUGGUCGGCACCGGCGUCGGCGCCGAAAACGGCAUCCUGAUCAAAGGAGGCGGCGCCCUGCAAAGGACGACAAAGGUGACUCACGUGGUGCUCGACAAGACUGGGACCAUCACCCACGGAAAGAUGAGCGUUGCCAAGUCUACACUCGUGCCUCCCUGGAGAGACAACGAGUGGCGGAUGCGUCUCUGGUGGACGCUUGUCGGGCUUUCAGAAAUGGGCAGCGAGCAUCCUGUCGGCAGGGCCAUCCUCGCGGCCGCAAAGGAAGAGCUCGGCGUAGACCCAGAGGGCGCCGUUCAAGGCAGCGUCGGGGAAUUCAAGAUCAAGGUCGGCCGGGGCGUCAGCGCCCUCGUCGAGCCCGCCUCGUCGGCGGAAAGAGUUCGGUACAGAGUCCUGGCCGGUAACGUCAAGUAUCUCGAGGAGAACGGCGUGGAGGUCCCGAGGGAGGCCAUUGACGCUUCCGAGGCCACCAAUGCCGCCUCCGCCACCAAGGCGACCAAGACGCUGUCGAAAUCACCGUCCGCCGGGACCACCAACAUCUUCGUGGCCGUGGAUGGCCAGUACACGGGGCACCUCUGCCUCGCAGACGUCAUCAAGGAAGGGGCGGCGGCGGCCAUCUCGGUUCUGCAUCGAAUGGGCAUCAAGACGGCCGUUGUGACCGGCGAUCAGCGUUCAACGGCGCUCGCGGUGGCGGCUGCGGUCGGGAUCUCGUCCCACGAUGUGUACGCCGGCGUCUCGCCCGAUCAGAAGCAGGCCAUCAUCAAGCAGAUCCAGGGCCGGGGAGAGGUCGUGGCCAUGGUGGGAGACGGCAUCAACGACUCCCCGGCCCUGGCCACGGCCGACGUGGGCAUCGCCAUGUCGAGCGGCACCGACGUCGCCAUGGAAGCGGCCGACGUCGUUCUCAUGAGACCCACGGACCUGAUGAGCAUCCCGGCGGCGCUCCACCUGACCAGAAGCAUCUUCCGGCGAAUCAAGCUGAACCUGGCAUGGGCCUGCCUGUACAACGUUGUCGGCCUGCCGGUGGCCAUGGGGAUGUUUCUGCCGUUCGGGCUGCACAUGCAUCCCAUGAUGGCCGGGUUCGCCAUGGCAUGCAGCAGCGUCAGCGUCGUGGUGAGCAGUCUGCUCCUCAAGUUCUGGAAGCGCCCACAAUGGAUGGACGACGCGGAAGCAGAGCAAAGGGGGCGUCUGAGAUGGGUGAGCGGGAGCGGCGUCGUGGGCUGGGCGAGAGAGAUGCUCGGCCGCGCACGCCACCAGGGCGACGAGGGAUACGUGCCGUUGCAGAAUCUCGAGGCGGAGCACGCGGCGUAG